AUGGUUAAUGAGCCUGAAACGGUUCAGCUCAGGCUGGCAUCUGGCCAAGGACUCGUUACACGAACUGUUCUUCAAACUGCCCCCAGAGACGCGCUGCCAUCAGAAACACCCGUGAUUGACAUUUCCCGCGUCUUCAGCCCCUCCAUCGACGACCGGCGUGCCGUGGCCAGGGAAAUCGGAGAUGCAGCCGCAAACAUUGGCUUCUUCUACAUUUCCAACCAUGGCGUGCCCGAUGCCGUCAUCGCCAACGCUUACAAAACGGCGCUUGCCUUCUUCCGCCAGGACCUGGAGACGAAGCUGAGGGCCAAAAUCGCACCGAGCCAAGGCAAGACGUCGGGCUACCGCCCCUUUGCCUCCCAACAAAUAAACCCCGACGAAGGGGCUGACCACAGAGAGGCCUUCUCCUGGGCGUACGAUGCUACAUACGACCCGGAGGUGGGCGACAUCAACGCGGUCCCCGAACAUGCGCGCAAGUACAUCAUGGCGGACGAGUCUCCCUGGGAGGCCACGUCGUACAUGCCCGAGCUCAAAUCCGCACUCGUCCUUUACUUCCAGUCUUGCCUGGCGCUGGCAAGAGCCCUCACCCGCUCCUUUGCUCUGUCGCUGCAUCUCCCGGAAGACCAUCUUGACUCCAAGGUCAAGUACCCCGACGUGAUGAUGCUCCUGAACUACUACCCCAAGAAGGAGCCGCAGUCACCCGCCGAUGCACAAAGACAAGUGUCGAUGGGAUCCCACACCGAUUUCAGACUGUUUACCAUCCUGUGGCAAGAUUCUACAGGCGGCCUGCAGAUUCUCAACCGGGGCGGGCAGUGGAUCAACGGCCUGCCUGUUCCUGGUACAUUUGUAGUGAAUAUCGGAGACUUUAUGCAGAGAAUCACCAACGAUCGGUACGUGAGCACUGUGCACAGAGCGAAAAACCAGACUGGUCAAGAGAGGGUGAGCAUUCCGUUCUUUUGGGGCUUCGGCCUCCAGGAGCGCUGUGGUGUUUUGGAGAGCUGUGUCGGCGAGGGGCAAGGGCGGAAGUACGACGAGAUUAGCACGCACGAGUAUGUCAGUAGUAGGUCGAGACAGUUGGUGACCUGGGGGAACGAGAUGGACGACUGUGAUGGGGUCGGUCUUUGA